AUGACUAUUGCCAUCUCACUACACCAGUCUAAGGAGCUCUCUCCAAAAGAAGAGGAUUCACGAUUCUAUUAUUAUUCGUUUUCUAACUUCCACAUUGAACUAUCGCAUAAAAUUCAAAAAGGUUCAAAAGUAACGGAAAAAGAAUUGGAUAUGCUGAAGAAGAAACUCACUGUUGAAUGGAAAAAGAAGCAAUAUGACGUUUGUGAAAAACCAGUGGAACUUUGUUCAUAUAAACUGUGUAUCUCAUUUAUAACAAUGUUAACAUGUGCUCUCAUAUCGAAAGAUAUUCUGGACAUGGCAAGAUUGAACUUCUGGAUUCAGUGUUGUAUUUUCGGAAUCGAGUCUGUUUUGUUUCUAGUCAUUGUUCAACAACUAUGGUGUCAACGCAGACAAAUCAAAUCUGAAUGUGAAUCUGAAAAGAAAAUUUUGGAAGAAGAUAUUGAGAAUGGAUGCAACACUCGGUUUCGUUUUGAUUCACAUAAAAAGACCGACAAAGAGCAACUGAUGAUACUCAAGAAUUUGUAUUCCCAAGAAGUUGAGCCUUUGAAUGAGAAGAUUCGAUUAUUGCGCAAGCAGAGUGCGCGUCAUAAAAGUGCGCGUCAUAAAUAUAGCGUAAUGUUCUUAGCAUCUGUGAUCAUUUUCUUUUGUUGGUUUUGUGCUGCUAAACUCGUGAUAAAAGCAAUGACAACCGGCAGUAACGAAGACAUUGAGCUUGCGAAAAGGAGUGUCGCCCAAGCCAUUAUUGGCACUGUCCAUAUGUCGUUCAUUGCCUGGAUAUCAAGACAGUAG